AAUUAAUGGAUACACUGAUAUUUCAACAAAUUGAAAAAUUUUGAGUGCUCAAAAGCCUCAAAAAGUGUUUUUUUCUCAUUUCUACUUUCUAAUUAUUCUGUAGUUGUGGUAAAAUAAUGGGUUAUUUUUUCAUUGUUAUAAAUUUUCGCGUAACUUUACAGACUACCUACAGCCCAUUUCUGAUAGACGGUACUACGAUAGUGUGAAUGUGUGAUAUGAAAAUUAGUUGAACACUGAUAUUGUACUAUUGUAGUACCUACUACCUACAUUACAAUAGAACCUGACAUAAUAUUGUUUUCGAUUUUUCGUACCGUAUUACUAUUUCCGUAUAUUAAGUAAUUUCCGUGAUUGCCAUAACCAACAACCAAAUUGUUGAGAAUAAUUUUACGUGGCGAUACAUGUUAUUGUCUUGAAAGUAAUCCAAAUCGCCUUUAUUGCUAUACUACAAUUGGGCUCGCCUCAGAGAACAAUUUUCACAAUAUUGUACUUUAUUAUUACUUCUCAUUUUAAAUAUGUCUGAUACAGACUCCGAUUCAUCAACAGAUAGUGACAAUAACAAUUCAUCUCCUUUUUUCAACCAUUAUUUGGGUUAUCGUCAUGGCUUUCAUUAUGAACCCGAUAUUGAAAUUCCAGACUUCAGAACAGAUCAUUCUUCGGAUAGUGACUUUCAUCCUGAUUUAAAUAAUUUUGGUUCUAGAUCUAGUGAUAGUGAUGCAUUAUUAACCAACUCUGAUGAAUUAGACCGUUCAGAUGAUGAUUCAUCUCGUAGUUCAAUACAUUCAUUGAGAUUUAAAUUAUCCAAACAAAGGCAUAUUAAAAUGAAAAACCAUCGUUUAAAGUCCAGUUAUUGGUGUCUUCCUAAAGAAUUAUAUAACAGGGAAAUUGGCCAUUAUAACUGCCGCUCUCAGUGGAGUUAUAAGUUUUAUCAAUCAGCUGUUAGUGUGCGAAAACUCAAAUUGAGUAGAAAACUAAGAGGCCACCAAGGAUGUGUAAAUUCACUAGAUUUUAAUAAAAGUGGUGAAGUUAUGGCUAGUGGAUCAGAUGAUUAUAGAGUAUGUUUAUGGAAUUGGUCAAAUGGAAAGUGCUUACUUAAUUACAGUAGUUUGCAUACGGGAAAUAUUUUUCAAACUAAAUUUGUCAAUACAUUUGGAGGUACCCACAUUGUAUCAAGUGGCCGGGAUGGCUUAGUUGUAUUAUCUGCUAUAAAUAAUUAUGAUUUUAUUUAUAGCAAAAUAAUAGCACGUCAUGAUACCUCUUGCAAUAAAGUUGGUGUACAUCCUGGUUCACCAUAUGUAGUUCUUAGUUGUGGAAAUGACGGAAUUGUUAAAAAUAUAGACAUUCGUGAAUCUCCUAUUACUGAAAAUGAAAGGAUUACCAAUAUACUACAUGUCAAAAAUGUGCACGGUACUUCUAUGCAUCUAUAUUGUAUUGACAUUAAUCCUAUGAAACCAUAUGAGUUUAUUGUAAAUGGUGAUGAUGAAUAUGUAAGAAUGUAUGAUAAAAGAAAAAUAAGUGUGGAUCCAGUUAAACAAUUCCGUCGUGAAAUAAAAAAUAAUAAAACAGAAAAAAAACGUUAUAGUAUUAUUAAUGAAACUGAAGACAGUGCUAUUAAUGGUACUGAUAAUAGUGAUGAUAGCAGUGAUAAUGGUGCUGUUCAUGUUGCUGACAUUGGUGCUAGUGCUAGCAUAAAUGUUGAUUCUGACUAUGAUGAGGAUGAUAUUUCAAGUUUUGCAUCGUCUUCUUUACAAUAUUUAUCAUAUAUUACAUCUGCUGUGUAUAGUUAUUGUGGAACUGAAAUUUUAGCAUCUUACAGUGAAGAUGAUAUUUAUUUAUUUGAUGCUAAUGGUCGUUCGAAUUCUGUUUUACACAAUUAUAGUGGCCAUUUAAAUAGGAUGACAAUUAAAGGUGUCAAUUUUUAUGGACCAAGAAGUGAUUAUGUAAUAUCUGGAUCAGAUAGUGGAUAUAUUUAUAUAUGGAAUAAAGAAACAGAAGCUAUAGUUCAAAGAAAACAUGCUGAUAAAAGUGGAAGUGUUAAUGUAUUAGAAGCACAUCCACAUAUACCAACCUUAGCAACUAGUGGUCUGGAUAAAACUAUUAAAAUAUGGGAACCUUUAAAUGUAUCUCAACGACUGAAAAAAAAAAAAUCUCAGAAAAUAGUAAAUUAGUAUUAUGAUGUAAUAUUAAACAUUUUAAU